AUGUCCUCUAAGCGAUCAUGGGGGGUUUUCGAGGCAGACUCUCUACACUCAUCACAUUCUCCAUUUGUCUUUUAUGGCACCCCGUUGCCAGCCGCUGAUCACCAGUCGCGAGAUGACGGCUCCUACGUGCCAAUUUGGAAACAAGAAGUGACCGAUGAGCGGGGCCGGAAGCGAUUACACGGUGCGUUUACUGGUGGUUUUAGUGCAGGGUAUUUUAAUACAGUUGGCUCGAAAGAAGGAUGGACACCGUCAACAUUUGUCUCAUCUCGUCGAGACCGCGCAAAGGAUCGAAAACAAUCAGCCCAACAGCGGCCGGAAGACUUUAUGGAUGAAGAAGAUCUCCGAGAAGCCGAAGAAGCCCAGAAACUGCAUACUACGGACGAGUUUACCGGAAUCGGAUCAACAGCGACGGAUCCCCAUAGAAGGGCGGCGCUUGUGGAUAUUUUUAGGCCAAGCGGUGAAACUAUAGGCGUCAGGCUCUUGAAAAGAAUGGGUUGGAAAGAUGGCCAAGGGGUUGGGCCUAAAGUAAGGCGAAAAGCAAAUUUACAUGAUGAAAAUGAUGACGACGGUCAGACUUAUCUUUUCGCUCCGGAGAAUACUCCUAUGAUCUCAUUUAACAGGAAAGAUGAUUCAAAGGGACUCGGUUUUAGAGGAGAGUCACGAUUACGGCCUUCAUUGGGAUCCGGACGGGGAACAAGAACAGAGGAAGAAGAUGAUGGCGAUUCUGUCCCAGAGACAUUUGGUGGGCCAAAGCUGUCGUUGCAUAAAAUUACAAAUAACAGACAAAAGCCUCUUAGACGAGGUGGGUUUGGAGUUGGUAUACUUAACGACACGGGCUCGGACGAUGAGGACCCUUACGAAAUGGGGCCUCAGUUGUCGUCCAGCCGAGUGAUCAUGGACGAUAAGAAACCAAAAGAGCCAAAAUCCACGAUCAGGUCCGCUAACCCGCUCUUGAACAAAAAGCCUAUUUUCAUUUCCAAAAAGGCAGCGACAGAGAAGGCAAGGCUGGGACUUCGGAAGUGCCAUGAUGGUCGGCUCCCAAUUGAUGGUUUCGUGCUUGGGACUCGGAUGGCGGAUUUGUCUCUAGCCGCGACUACGGUUGAAUAUGCUCCUCCUGACGUCCCUACCGACUGGGAGUCCUCUAAACUACGGCAGCAUUCCACGAAAGAUAACGCUGGGUAUGUGUCAGUAGCCGAGGCCGCAAAAUCAUCUUCGUUGGACCCAAAAUCAAGAGCUGCCAUGUUUGGUGAAGCGCAGCUCCCUGGAAAGUCCAUAUUCGAUUAUAUGACACCCGAGAGCCGGGAACGAUUAGUAAAAGCAACCGGAAAAACAGACCUGCCUCCUGCGUUAGGUGAAGGUCCACCAAAAGGUUUCGAGCGAUCAGAAUCUCAGAGACAACGGGAUCUGUGGAGCUUAGUUCCUCAUCUUGAAAAGGACACAGCAAUACAGGCACUUAACCGCGGUGCCAGUGGGUGGAUGCCGUAUUCGGAAGAUGAAUCUAAGCGUAGUCGCUACCGUUCAUUCCUCGAAGUUCAAGCCGGAAUCACAGAUAAACUUCCGCCUCGGAGCUCAGGGGCGUCCACGAAUGAGUGGGUGGUUGAGCUCAAUGAAUUUGCUCGUGCUGCAGAAGUGUUCAAACCCAUGUCCGGUUUGAUGGCUUCGCGGUUCACUUCAUCCACUUCUCUCACGCCUACUCCAUCUAAUGGCGAUAAUGAAUCCGACCAGCUCCUCCGAAAGCCCCCAGCGAAACCAGAAGAUCCAGCUGAAGCUGCUGCCAAGUUUGGAAUGUAUGGUCCAAUGACACGGCUUACCCUACGAUUCUCCCCAACACGAUUGCUGUAUAAACGGUUCAACCUUCGGUUUGCUCCUCCAAGGGCAGAUUCUGGCUCUGGGCAAGGCACUCCAGGAGAGACGCCUGCAGAACCAGCAAAUGAACGCAGCCUUGAACUCGUCUCUAAAGAGACUAUGAACCAACUGAUGACGGAAUCGCGAAUGUCUAUACCCGGGGCUCGGCCAGGAAAAGAGCCACAACAAGCACCCCCAGAUUUGAGUAAGGCUCUAGUUGACCCCGACCGUAAUGAGGCGCUAGAAGCUGCACGUCCUGGAGACGCCGUAUUCAAGGCUAUAUUUGGCAGCGACGACGAAGAUGGCGGCGAACUUGAUUGA